AUGAAGAGUGUCAUGAAGACAAUGCUGGUCCUAGCAUUGUUAGUGAUUGCCGUGAGUGCAGAGACAGCAGUGGAACGAUGUAGACGAACAACAUGCGAAACUAAAUGUAAAGACAGCAAAAGUUUUGGUUGUUCUGAUUGUCUCCUUCGAUGCGCCAUACCUGGAGGUGGCAGCAAAAUAGAUCAACGAGCUUUGUGUCUCAAGAACUGUGAUGUUGGUUGUGGUCCGAGCAAUGACUGUUACCAACGUUGUAUUAAACGUUGUCCUAGUACUCUGAUGAUUUGA